UCAAAAGUUCUGGACUCUAAAGUCUUUUAAAAUGAGCAUCCUCUCAGUGACAGAGUGUUAUUAUUGGACAGGUGGGGUGUGGGGAGGAGCAGCUGGGUGUUCUCCACCAGCGCAGCCUAACCCUGUCACCUUUCCUGGCAGGUGCGCAUGGAGACAGGGCAAGAGACGUGCCAUCAGCUACUCAACAACUACUAACACUUCCUUUGGGUUCGACAUGAUACCAUUUUUUAUUUUAUUUAUUUUUUAUUUCUGCAACAAUUCUCAAAUCAUGUGAAUACUUCUUUUUUGUGGAAUAAGAUUUUGCUGUUGUGAAGAACAAAGUCCUGUGGAAUAAUUAGCAAAUUGCCGGAGUUUAUGCAGAUCCUCAAUAAACAGCCCAAGCAAAUUUUCAGGAGUGAUUACCCAAAGGCUCCAGAUGUGAUCUAAUUGCAGUGAAUGGCCUAACAGGAAAUAAAAUGGCAAAAAUCUGCACAGAACAAUCGUUCCCCUCACAAAGAUCCGCCUUCACUCCUGAACCAGCUAUUGAAUUGAUCGAGAGAGGGGAAAGUGAUCAGCCUCCCCGUGGACUAAUGGGCAGGAUGUCCCAUUUCAUCCUGUGGUUUGGAGGCCGAUCCACCAAAUGUGAAGCUUCAGAAUGCAGUGAUCCAGUUAUGAUAACAGAGGAGUCUGACUAUGAAGACAUGCCAGAGGAAAUAGAUGCAUCAUGGGACAACAGAGGACAGGACCAACUGCACAAGAGGAAUUUCAACAACAAUGCAAAUCAGUGGCCUCUUGCUAAACUGAAUAUGAACAACUGCAACAAUACAGAUGACAAAAAGGAUGACAGGGAGAUAAAGAAAGAUGAUAAGAAAGAAGAACCAAACAAGGAUGAGAAGAAAGAUGAAAAGAAAGAGGAGAAGAAAGAUGAAAAGAAGGAUGAGAAAAAAGAUGAAAAGAAGGAUGAGAAAAAAGAUGAAAAGAAAGAUGAGAAAAAAGAUGAGAAAAAGAAGGAAGAGGAGAAACCAAAACACGUUUGGAUUAUUGAUCCAGCGACAGAUAUGUACUAUCACUGGUUGACCAUUGUAGCGAUACCAGUCUUCUACAACCUAAUGAUGCUUGUUACCAGAGCCUGUUUUAAUGAACUGCAAGAUGAUUACACCAUCUUAUGGAUAGUUUUGGACUAUUCAUCCGAUGUCAUCUACUAUAUGGACACAUUUGUGAGAUCAAGAACAGGUUUCUUGGAGCAAGGCUUGCUAGUAAGAGAAUCUAAGAAGCUUUGGGAACGCUACAAAAAGUCGCCACAAUUCAGAUUUGAUUUGAUCUCCAUGAUGCCAACAGACAUAUUAAUGCUAAAAGUGGGUUACAACAAUCCAGAACUAAGAUUCAACCGGCUUUUCAAAAUGGCUCGUCUUUUUGAGUUCUUUGACCGUACUGAAACCAGAACCAACUUCCCAAACAUCUUCCGAAUCAGCAAUCUCGUCCUGUACAUCCUAAUCAUCAUCCACUGGAACGGCUGCAUCUUUUUCGCCAUCUCAAAGACAAUCGGUUUUGGCUCAGACACUUGGGUUUACCCCAACAUCAGCGACCCCGAGUUCGGCCGCCUUGCCAGGAAGUACAUCUACUGCUUGUACUGGUCUACUCUUACGCUCACAACCAUUGGAGAAACGCCACCGCCUGUCCGAGACGUUGAGUAUUUAUUUGUCGUCUCUGAUUUUCUCAUUGGUGUGCUCAUUUUUGCCACCAUCGUUGGUAAUGUCGGUGCCAUGAUUUCCAACAUGAAUGCAUCCCGCGCGGAGUUCCAGGCCAAGAUUGACUCCAUCAAGCAGUACAUGCAGUUCCGAAAGGUCACCAAAGAUCUGGAGGCCCGUGUCGUGAAGUGGUUCGAUUACCUUUGGACCGAACAGAAGACCUGCGAUGAAAAAGAAGUGCUCAAGAACCUCCCAGACAAGCUCAAGGCAGAGAUCGCCAUCAAUGUGCAUCUGGAAACCCUUCGGAAGGUGCGUAUUUUCCAGGACUGUGAAGCAGGUCUUCUUGUUGAGCUCGUCCUUAAACUUCAACCACAGGUUUUCAGUCCAGGCGACUACAUUUGCAAGAAGGGAGACAUUGGGCGGGAGAUGUACAUUAUCAAAGAAGGCAAACUAGCUGUGGUGGCAGAUGAUGGUGUCACGCAGUUUGUGGUGCUCAGCGAUGGCGCUUACUUCGGUGAGAUCAGCAUCCUCCGCAUCAAAGGAAGUAAAGCCGGUAACCGCAGGACUGCUAACAUUCGUAGUGUGGGAUACUCAGAUUUGUUCGCGCUCUCGAAAGAUGACCUAAUGGAGGCGUUAACCGAGUACCCAGAAGCCAAAAAGGCACUAGAGGAGAAAGGUAGGGCUAUUCUGAUGAAAGACAAUCUCAUUGACGAGGCUGCAGCCAAUGCUGGUGCAGACCCGAAGGAUCUGGAGGAAAAGGUCACUGUAAUGGAGACCAAUCUAGAUGUGAUGCAAACCAAAUUUGCUCGUCUUAUGGCAGAUUGGACAUCCAGCCAGAACAAGAUCAAACAGAGGAUCGCCAACAUGGAGGCCCGAGUGAAGACUCUUAGGCAGGAGGAUUUGUCCGAGGUCGUGGAGGAUAAGAAGGACAAAUAGUUCUAUAUCAAAAUAGUCUGACUUCACACUAUGUCACAGGAUUACUGAUUCCACAUUUACCCAUAUAGAGGAAUCUGGCAUCAUUUGAGUGGAAUUGCUUGAUCUCAAAGUAGUACAGCACAGCAGCAACAUGUACUAUUUAUAGAUGUUUCAGUCAGAGACUUGGCAUUUCACAAGACCUAAAUCUAAUUUGUGAAGGCGUGUAAACAAUGACAGAUCAGACAGUUUCAGCCUCACUAAUGCAGGGUUUUCUUAAAGUAAUUUCAGACAAUGCAACAAGAACAUCCUUCUGUUUUGGGGCAUUUUGGUUCCUGAUGGUGUCGCUAUUAAGUAUUGCAGUGUCUGAAUUUCAGGUAGAGUGAUUCCUAAACCGAAUUUUAGGAGGGUUAUUGUGCAGCUAUACUCUCUGUGAGAUGUCAAGUUGCAAGUAAAUAAACACAAAAUCCUUCUGUUUUGUUGCAAUUUUUUAAGUUCUCAGGAAUUGCUGCUAAGCUUUGUCUGCAAUAUCAAAAACCAAUAUUAUCUCCGAUAUCAAAGCUUUGCUUUCAUUGAGUAAGUAUGAAUACCAAAGCAGAACAUCUUGUAAUGUGAUAAAAUUAAAGUUUAUUUUUAACAUGAAAAUAAAAUGGAGGGCCCCCGGUUCUUGUAUGUAUAUUUUAUUUCAUUCAGCUAAUGAAAAAUUGUAUAUGUGCUGGAUUAAAUAAAAAAUAUUAGAGAAAUUUUCCUAACAUUGUGUCCUCUGCGAAUUGAUUUGUGGGGGAAAAGAUCUACAAGUCAUCCUUACUGUGCAGUCUUUUGUGGGCAAGAUCCUGUUCAGACUUGCCCCUAAUGUGACAAUCUAUGACUUCAGUGUGGUUUUUCCACGGGGGCUGGUAGCCCAACAAUUACACCUACCAAGCGUUAAAGGGUAGUUAAGGAGCUGUGCUGGAAAUGCAAACGUCGCAGGACUGACUCCUGAGAGGAACACAGAGAAACUGACUUGACAAGAAAUGAGUUAUCAGCAUCUAAGUAUAGUUUCACAUCUACAAGACGUUUUACUAUUAUUAAGUUAUAUUCAGUUUUAAACUACUCUAGUAGUAUAUUGGUCACAGAAGUUAUUCAAUCAGGCUUAUUUAAAAUGGAUUUAAUUAUUUAUUUGUAAUGCAAUGUAAUGUAAAUGUUUGUUUUUCCAGGUCCAGAGAUUUGAGAGUCGGUUAUGGAAAGCAGCUGAGAUGCAGCACCAUUAUUAUUACAAGAACAGCUUGUAAUGCAAAUGAUAUGACAGAUAUCAGGUGUCAACCUACCAUGAACUUUGUGCAAUGCAGGGUGAUAAUUAAGCUGCCUUUUCUCCCUCUUUCCCCAGGGACAAAAAUCAAGCAGCGGUUUGCUAUUGUGAGGUAAAUGUGGAGGUGAGAGCAGCACAGCAAAACUGUUGUGGAUGAGAGAUUGUCAGACAGAAUAGACUCGGGCUGGCAUUUGCUUGAGUGCACAGCAGGCCGUGUAAAAUGAAAUCUAAUCCCUCCUUAUCUUCCUAAUAAUCAGCCUCUCACAGAAUCUAAUGAC